GUGAAUAGUGAAUACUGUUAGGCCCCAGGUGCGGUUUUUACUUACUGGUUACUAUGCUCAACUCUAUGCCGCAGUCCAUGUAGGUUAGUUACCACGUUUAUACUGUGGUUCGAGUCUUGUCGUAACUGUAUUAUUGGUUGCUCUACGCGAUUUACCUAUAGUUCAAUACAUUAUAAUAGUAAUCGUUUUUCGAUCGAAAAACGUCGGCCGAUGAAAAAAGCAGUCAGAGUCUCCAAAUGACAGUCACGAUACAUUCAGUAUCUAUUAUUUUAAUAUUUUCCAUUGAAUAAUAUUUAACGUUUUCGUACUUGAACAAUAAAUAAAAGUGAUCUAUCAUCGACCUCUAACGACGCCGCCCGCCGACGAACGUGUAUAUAGUGCUCCGCGCAUUUGGAUUAUUCUUUGACAGGUAUGUACACAUUCCGCAUAAUAUAAUACUCAAUCCAUGACUGUAACACCUGAGUUUCUCCUUUUGUUUUCAGAAGCUUAAGUACUUAAUUAUUUCAAAACAAAACUAUAGCAUUUAGGUAUAGGUACCGAACUUUCUAAAAAAAAAUAAGAUUAGACAUUGAUGAUUAAAUAGGUACAUAGAAACAGUAAUAAAUAAGCAUAAUACCUGCUGUAGCCAGGCUCUCGGGUCUGGAUUGAGCCAUCCGUAGGCUCUAUACUGAUUGAAAAAAUUGAGUUUCAUAUUACAGGUAGGUACUUUUAAAAAAAAAUGUUUAUUAAGUGUAUGUUAUACUUUGAAACUGUGUAUAUAAUAUACCGUACCAAUUACUAUUCAUUUGUAAAUAUUAAUUAUUAAUACGAAAAUAAUUUAUUAAACAUAACUAUAAUAAGAUACCAAUGGACAAUCACAAUAAUAUUUAAUUCUUACAGCAUGACCCAGUGCAUCGUCUUAAAUGCUCUUAUAAAGAUUGUGGUUAAGCCAAAAUGUAAUAAUAAAUUACAUUUAAUUAAAAUACUGUUUUUUUUUUUUUUUACUAGCCGUCGUUUCGCUUCUUUUCAGUUUAUCUAACCGUACUACUAAUACUAUGUUCACAUCCUCGUGAGAAUCGCCGUUCUUUUGUAUAAAAAGAUUCUAAGUACUUAAAAGUUUCAACAUCGCCUAUAACCGCUAAUUUUUGUUAGCCGUCUUGUUCUGUUCCUCCAAAUUCAUACUCUGUUUCAUUUCUAGUUAUCCUUAUUCCCUUUCCUUAAAUAUUCUUCUGUUAACUUAUAACAGAUUUUCUGUUAUAAAAGCUACAUCAUCGGAAAAAUGUAUGCACAAUGGUACUUCUUCUCAUUUUUUGUUCCCACACGUAUAUCCGAUAUGUAUUCCAGAACAGAUUAUCCAUCCACCAAAAGUCUUGUUUAGAACUAUUUAUAUUGUUUGACAGAAUUUUAAACCAUUGUCGACCAUACGCAAUGUUAUUUGUCACCACUUAUAAUAAAUAAAGGUACUGUGAGCCUAUUCUUAUACCCUACAGAAACAAUACCAUAUGCCUACUGGAAUCACAAAUCUGGGCUUUUCACCAGUAGAAACCUGAGGUCCAGUAGUGGAUUUUCAACAUUUUCUGAGAAGGGUCUUGAAAGAUCAUAUGUAUUUAAAAGGUAUCUAUUUGUAGAUGCCUCUUUUUUGUCCAGAUCUCUAGACCCCCCAAUGUAAAUCCGCCAUCGCCGCGGCCCCGGGUUGGCUAAAUAAUACCCCCUGAGGUAUCACAUGCUUCAUGUUUAAAAUGUGUAUUAGGUAUAUAGAUAAUAAUUUCUGUUUAAAAUAUGUUGAAUACUGCUACAAAUGAUACAAAUUAUAUCAAAUAAAUGAUAAGUUAUAAUUUUGUUGUCUUAAGACAGUUGCCUUUUAAUUUCAUUACAGCUAUGCUACUGAUUACAGAACUAUAGUUCCAAUCUUGAAGAAUAAAAUUAUGAUAAUUGAUAAACUCUAACAAAUCAAUUAAUUAUAUGGAACUAAUUGUGUUAAUAACAAUAAGUAUAAUUAUUUCAGACCAUUAAAAAUAGUGUAUUCAUAUAGUAAUUUUAGAUUAUGUGUGAAACAAUAUUUUGUACGAUUUUGAGUAGGUAGUCAUUAGUAUAACAUUUGUUUAUGAACUGCAGUUUAUCUAUAAACAUAUAGGAACAUGUUAUUUGUAUGCUGAACAGAGGAGGCAUUUAGGGGGGGAGGGCAUAGAGACCAUGUCUUUUAGACAUUUUGUUUAACUGUACGCGUAAAUACUUUUUUUCUACCUAAUUAUAUAUAGGUAAUAUAUAAUUAUUAAAUAAUACUCCCCCCCAUAUAGGCAAAGAACUAAAUCCGUCACUGAUGCUGAAUGAUCAAUACAUACCUAUGUUAUGUAGGAAUUAUGAAUAUAGAAUAUUAGUAGAUAAAUGUACCUUCUUUUUUUAAGCAUGACCUUAUAUCCUAAAAAUUAGUACUCGUUAGAAUCAAUUACAAAAGUAGUGUGUAAUUUUAUCAUUAGCAAACAAAAUUAGAGGUGCAAUGAAAUAAGGUUGACCUAGAGAAGUAAAACAACAUAUUUAAAUACAAGCCCAACGACAAGUAAAGAUAAUACCUAUUUGAAAACUAGUUUUUGUUAUUUUCAGUGUUAUUUUUAAUGAUUUUGGGUCGUAAUAAAUAAGGUCAUAAUUUAUAUAAUUGUAAAUCUAGCAUAAUUUAAAUAAAUAAUCUAAAUGCUAAAUAUUCUUUCUAAUGCAAUUUGACAUUUAGCCUAUUUAGAUAAGUACCUAAAAACAUAUUAAAGUUUUCUAUCAUAGUUCAAAUUAAUCCUUUGUAAAAAUAGUGAUGGGAACAAUCGAGAGAUUCACUCGAAAAAAUCUCUCGGUCAAUUUAGUAUUUCACGAGGUGUUCCAUUACACUCAAUUUCUCGAUACUCUUUAGAACUCGCAUUAUUCAAUACUCGCUAGAGGCUUAAUAAUUAGCUCUUCAAUUAAUUAAUUACUUCAAUUAAUUACUAUUAUUUAUUAAACAUUUUAGAAAAGAAAUAUAAUAACGUGUAUAAGAACUAAAAUUACUAAUUUUCAUUCAAUUAUUUUCAAAUGUUUUAGAUUAAGAUAUCAGUUGAUUUAAUUUCGUAAGAAUCACUCGCCGAUUUAUUUAUCCCUCAAAAUCUGUCGAUUUCGAUACCAAGAGAAUCACUCGAGAAUUUUCAAACAACCAAAUUAAUCAAGUAAAUCUAACAAACGAGUAGGUAUUUCCAGUAAUAUCUCUCGAUUGUUUCCAUCACUAGUAAAAAAAUAAUAUUUAAGACAAUUACCUGACAAUUUAAUUUGUUUUAGUUAAAUAUUAGGUACAUAUUAUAAAAUAAUUGUAUUAUUUUACACGUUUAAAUAUGAUUUAAAAUCAACAAUAUUUACGCAAAUGUUCAUUUGUUCAACAAUUUGCAUAAAUUAAAAAUUCGUUUAAACAUAUAUAUUGAGAACAAUAAUAGUAAUAAAUUAUAAUUUUAUGUAUAACGCCAGAGCUCGUACUUUUUAGUUUUUUGUUAUACCUACCUAAUAUGUAUUUGCCACAUUGUUAUGGAGACCAUUAUAUAGGUUUCAAACUACUUCUUCAUAAGAUCUUAAUAAUAAUCUUUCCAAUCUUAUAACAACCGCGUGACAAUAAACCUACACACUUAUGCAUCCCUUUCAUAUUAUGACGUCUGAUCAUUUUUCUGGCGCCAAGUGCUUAUAACUGAUCAAUAUUCUAUUGUUAUCGAACUAUACAAGUAUAUAGGUUAAAAAUUGUUCUGAUUUGAUUUAAAAUAUAUAAUAUGUAGGUACCUAUAUUAAGUUUCUAUUAUAUAUAAAUACCGUUUACCAACGAUACAUUAUAUUUGUAUAUCCUUUAUUCCGUAUUAUUCUAAAUUUAAGUUUAAAAACCUAUUAUAAUUAAAUAUAUUAAUAGACAUUCACUUAAAUAAUUAUUUUUAUAGAUAGACAUAGCUUACAUGUUUAAUAAUAAUAACCAUGACCUUAAAGUCUGGCUAAAACCUACAAUUUUAUUUUAGAAUUUUAGUUAAAUAUUAAAAAUAUUCGCGAUAAUUAAUGGCAUUUAAAAAAACAUGAAAUUAUUAACAAAAUUUUCUGGCUAUGCCACUGUUUACAGUAUAUUAUUAUUAUAUAUAGUUAGGUUACUAUUGUACUUGUUAUAAUUUUAUAUUAAAUAGCUAUGUAAUGUAUAAAACGGUAAGGUGGGAACAGUAGCGUACUUAGGAUUUUAGUUGGGUUAGGGUUUUUACUACAGAUUUAUCAUAGACCUAUUAUAUAACUGAACUAGUAAAUAAUACCAACAUUAAAACAAAAUAAUUAUUCCAAAUUCCUAUUUUUAUAUUUGUCUUAAUUCUUAAAAUCUUGUACUUAAUUUGAUAGUUAUAUAAAAUAUUUGGUAUUAAAAUACGUAUCAUAAACACAAAUAAUAAAAUAAUUAAACAAUAUACAUAGUUUUAAAAGUUAACAGCAAAAAAUGUAUAUUUAUUUACACUUACAAUAAACAUAUCCUCAGCUGUCGCGUAUCAUCCCAGAAUUCAAUAGAGUAUAUUUAAAAGUAACAUAUCGAUAUUCCAUAGAGGCAUAUUUUCCUCUAUAAAUAAAUACCUAUAUAAAUGCAUAUAUUUCACAAAAUAGAAAUAUUAAACAUAUACCUAACUUUCUCUUCUAUCUUUUACAUACUAAGGUUAUCCAAACAUUUAGAUAACUGUGAUACAUACCUAUACUUAUCUUAGCCAAUGGUUACCACAGAUGUUUUAGAUACUGGGUGCACAGGGGCGUAAUUACGGGGAGGAUGGAAGGACAUGGGGGAUAGAUCCCCCCAUGAGCCGUAUUUAUAUAGUAAAUUAAUAUUUUGAACAAAUUGGAAUUUUAAAUGCAAAUUUUUAAAACUAUUAUGUUAUUAAAAAAGAGCUGAUACUGGGGAUGGAAGCGGCCACUGUUGUAGAUGAGAAGUAGGAAAGGUGGAAUACAUAAGGUUAUUUUAUUUACAUCUGUAAGCAACGAUAAACCAUUGCUUGACGAUUCCGAGUGAAGUUCGGUGUUACAUAAUAUGAAGUACCGUUUUUUGCAAUUUCGUUUAAAUUUGACUUCAAAACGCUUAAUAAAAAAUAGUUGUCCAAUGAUUUUGGAAAUUUUACCACGUCCAGGUAAGUUCAAUAUAAGUAUUAUUACCAAGUUUCAAAUACGUAUAUUUAUAACCGAAUCACAGCAACAAAACUCCCAAAAAUUAGAAUUCCUUAAAAGCUUAAAAGUUUUGGCGAUUAUACCGUAAGAAAGUAAAUCAAAAAAGCACCAAAAAAGAUAUCUUGUAACUUUUCGAUUAAAUCAUUUUUUCUGGUUUAAAACGUUAUCCGUGUUUUUUUAUAAAUAAUGAAAUCUUGAAAUUGUAUGUUUUCUUACGUUUUUUUCUACUUAAGUGCUUUUAUUUAAAAAAAAUUGGUAUCGAAAAUCAAAAAAUCUUAAGUACAAUCUAGACAACUUGAUCUUUCAGAAAACUUGCUACACGUAAAAAUCGGAGCAAGUUUACUAGGAAAAAACGUGUCCACAGACUAGAACAAAGAAAAUAGAAAAAAAAAAGAAAUAAACAUCUUAGUAAAAUCAAUAGCUCCCUCGCUACGUUCGGAAUCUUAAAUUUUAAAUGUUUAAUUGUAUUGGUAGGUACCAAAAUAUGCUUAUUUUACUAUUAUACUAGGUAAAUAAUAUUCUUAAUAGCUUAUGUCAAAAUAAAUGGUAAAUUUCACACUAAGCUUUACUUACUACGCGUUCGAACGUGAUUAAGAUGUUGCGAUUUUAAAAACACUGUGACGUUGUAUUUAAUAGAAAACUUCCGAGCCCUGGUGAUGACUUGUUAAAUGUUGGUAAGGAGGGGAGGUUGUGUGGGACUAAUCUCUCAUGAGAUUGCCAUGGAGAUUUAUUUUGAUACACCCCCCUCUCUUUAAAACAUUCUCAAUUACGCCACUGUGAGUGCAGAGAGGAAUGUACCUAUAUUGGUUUUACAAUGGUUUAAUUUUUUUUUCUAUGAUCAACUCCUCUACCAACAAUUUUGCUCCGAUUUACAACGAUAACACCUUUUUUGAAAGAAAAUCUGACUGGAGAGGUACUUCAGAGAGGUAAUAUUUUAAUUUCUCUAAGAGUUUACCCAGUAAAUGAGAAAAACAUUGAAAAUGGUAAAAAGGUACUAUAUUAAACAAAUAUUAUUAAAGAAAAUAUAUAAUUCAUACAUAAUUAUUUUACCAUGAUAUGAUAUACGCAUUGUUGAUAAAAGUUAAAGCAUCACUAUUAACCGAACUACGCUAUAAUCGUUUUUUCGUUAGCAAUGUCUCCUCUAUACCACUUUCUCAACUUUUCACCUACAACAGUAGCCCACCCAUGUGCGAAGUAUAUUCUUUUUUUUUUUAAUUGUACUAAAAUUAGUUGAUAACAAAUAUUUUCAUUGUUAAAACGUAAAAGAAAAAUUCGACAAGAUGAAGACAUUUUGAGAAGGGGGGUUAAAACCCUAGAACCCCACCCCUGCGUACGCCACUGAGUGGGAAUAGAAAAUAAUCUAAAUUUUUUUUUAAUCUCCUUUAAAUCUUUUUCAACAAAAAAUCAUACGAAUAUAAUAGUAUAUAGGUAGGUAAUAUAGAUGAAUUAAUUCAUCACGUAAUCUACUAUAAUUUAGUUACACAGAUGUAUCAUGUUACCUAUAAUUUGUCUAUACCUAUAAUAAUUAAACGGUGUUUUAAAACGUUACAAGUUAUAAUGUUUAUAAUUUUAAUUUAAUCUAGUAAUUUUUUUAUUUCUAUCUUCCAUGUAGGUAUUUUUUAGUUGUUUUAUUGAAAAAUAAUAUUCAAUACCACCCAAGUAGAUUUGAUACAAUUAUUAACUGAGAGUAUAUUAACCAUUAAUAAUGGUUCAUUAUAAUACACAUCGAACAUAUUAUACAAAAUAUAUACCUAGUAAUAUUGCUAUAUUUGAUAUCUAUACGAAAUUAUUAAAAAUCUGUUCGUUCGACAUCUAAUGUGAAUAGUGUACAUACGUGAAUUAUAAAUUAUUAAUAGCAUAAUUUGUAAAGCAUGACGUAUUCAUGUUACAUUUUAACUCCAUAAUAUUAUUUUAAAAAUUUGUCUUCAUUCGUGAAAAUGUGUUUUACCUUUUUAUUUUAUGUUUAUUAUUUAAUGACUAUAGAUAUUACGUUGCGCUGAGACUUUUGACUAGGUACUAGUUAUAUAUUUUUUUUAACGUCACCUAAUAAAUACAUUAGCGUAAAUUUAAUAAAGAGCUGAUACAGUGAUACUGAUACAGUGAUACAGACCACUGUUUAAGGUGGGUAGUAUGCAAGGUGGGAUACAUAAAGUUACUUAAUUUAUCCCUGUAACCAACGAUAAAACAUUGAUAAAAAACGAUUCGAAACAAAGUUCGGUUGUACAUAUUUUGAAAAAUAUUAACAAUUUUCGUCAAAAUUUGAUUUUAAAACUCUUAUGAACUUCCUAUCACAUUGUCAAGCAUUUCUGUUAAGUCUAACAAUGUAUCUACGAAGUAAAAAACUUGCAAAAUUAAAAUGUCUAUAAAUAGUUCAAAAAUAGCUCAAGUUUUACAACAUCUAGAAAAAGUAAAUAUGAUUUUUCUAUAAACAUUUUAAGUCUACGAAUAUUUUAAACUGAAAUACAUUAAAAAAAAAACAAAAUUUAAAAGAAUAAAACAAUUAUUGCAAACACUUAUGCCUUUGAAAACCCUUUUAGGAAGGUGAUUUUUUGAUUUUCCUAGCAGUUUUCAUAAUAUCAGGAAAACUCAGGAUAAAAUGUAAGAAAAACGAAAAAAUGUACGAAAAUAUUGCUUUUAUUACUUUCAAUUCUGUUAUUUGUUGUAAUUCAGUUUAAAAUAUUCGUAGAGACUUGACAUUUGGACAGAAAAGUUUCUAUAUAAGUUUCUUAUAUUUGUCUUUUCUUGACGUGGUAACAUUUUUGAGCAAUUAAAAGUCAUUUUAAUUUUGCGAGUUUUGUACGUAAUUUUUAUUCGGUAGGUACUCUGUGGAUACAAUUAUUAGACCAAAGAGAAAUGCUUGAGAAUUUAACAUGAAGUUCAUUAAAAAUCGUACUAUAUAGUUAAAAAAAUAAUUUUUAGCAAAGGCUAACUGGCUUAUCACUUUUAAAUAGGUAUUCAUCGAAAUGAAAACAUUAAUUGGCAUAGAAAAUAUUGUUGAUCAAACCGCUUGAAAAACGCUGCUUAAAAUAAAAGUAUUUUGGACUUGGUGAUUAAAACGGAGGUAUUCAAGAGUAAAAAUUGUACAAUGGCUAAAAAAUGGCUUUUUUAAUAUUUGUUUUGCCACCCGUGAAAAAAAUUUAAAUUAACGUCUCUAGUCUUAUGUUGUCAAGCGCUAAAAACAAAGGAUAUUUUUAAUAGAUAUUGGGUAUGCUCAGAUUAUAAUUAAAUACUGAAUGGAUGGAAAUGAAUAACUAUAACAGCCUAUCUAUAAUAAUGUUAAAUGUUAUCAUUUUGCUUAUCUGUUCCGCCAGUCAAACUCCAUCGAUAUAUAGGCGUCCUGGAAAAAUUGAAAACGACGUACAUAUUAUACUUAUACAAAUUCUUAGGUACAAUAAUAUAAUAACAAAUUACCAUGUUGUUAUCGUUAAAAUAUUAUAGAAAUUGAGCGAGGAAUAUUUACUUUUUCACACAUAUUAUCCAUUUAUUAUUAUUUUUUUAAAAUUAUAUAAUAACCGUAUUAUUAUAACGAUAUUUCUAUUCAUAAAAUUCCACAAAUAUUAUUGUCCAUUUGUAUAUACUUUUUAGUUUUUCAUCCUACAAAAUACAUUUUAUGAAAAUCACAUUUAUCAAUAUAUAUUUUGAUACCUAAUUAUAAUAAUUUUUAAUUACUGUGCCUAAAGUGCUUUAUGUCUUGACCAUUUAAUACGACGAAAAUCUCAUUAUUUCUAAAAAAUUAUUUUGAUUUCAUAACCAGUUUCUAUCCCGUUUUGAAUUCUGUAAUUUAUUUUAGAACAAAAACUAUUCUUAUAAUAUUUAUAAUUUAUAUGCGUGUGAUACGUAAAUUAUUUGUUUGUUAAGUUUAGGUAAACAGGUAUAGGGAUAGGUAUUAAGUAUUUGUAAUAAUAAUAGGUAGUAUAAAAGUUGUUUUUGAUUUCGAGUAUAUCUCAAAUAUGAGAAUCUAUAAACCUACGUUUGUCUUUUAUCAAAUUUACUGACUGCUGGUGACAAUACUACCCACGCGUGCAAGUCUACAUUAAGUUCAUAUUUUUAUUAUCUGAAAUCUUGGUCCAGUCAAUGAGGAUUCAAAAUUGGCGUUAGCUUGAAAAAAAAUACUAAAGUUUUGAAACUUGGAAAAAAGUUUCGUCCUAGGACCCUGAUUAACCAAAAAAAAGUCGCCAUCCCUCCGAGGUUCGCUAGUGUCCACCAUCUUAGAUUUUAUGUCAUAUUUUAUAGGUUUUUGAUAAUGUCUUCAAAAAUAUUAACUUGACAAUAAAAGUAGUUCUAGACAAAAAUGUAGAUUGGAAAAUUUCCAAUAAAUAAGUUUUAGUAAGUUUUUAGCGUAAGUGUAAUAGAUAAACAAUAAAAUCCAUCCGCCCGUCGUAUAAUGUUACGCCACGCGCUAUUGUGACUGGUGAUAGUCGGUGAACGAACCGAUAAACGUAGAGUUGAUGUUUAUUAUUGUGUGUUUCUCCACAGUAAAAGAUGGCUGAAAUCUUUCUUUAUUACUUACCAUAUUUUUGACAUUUCAGACAUGUACUGUGAAUAAUUAAUACAAAAAAUAUAAUAGAUUAUUUAGUUAAUGUUAAUUAAAUGGUUGAUAAAUAUUAUAAAAAUAACAUUUUCCUAUCUAUAUUUUUGUUUAGAACUAUUUUUAUCGUUAAGAUAAUAUUUUUGAAGAAAUUAUCUAAAUACUAUAAAAUGUGACAUAAAAUCCAAGAUGGUGGACAUUUGCGGACCUCGGAGGAAUGGCGGUUUUUUUUUGGAUAAUCAAGGACCCAAAACGAAACUUUUUGCAAAAUUUCAAAACUUUAGUAUUUUUUGAAAGGUAAAACUCCCCAUUGACUGGACUAUCUGUUAUUCAAAAUGUUCUCACUUGAUGAAUCACUUUCUUUUUGUUAUCAAUUUAUAAUCUAUAUUAGAUAAAUAUACUUCUCGUAAUAGACGUAUGAUGAUUAACAUUCAUUUUUUUUAAAAACAAUAAUUUAUACUAUGUGUAUAGUGGAUUAUAUUAGGUACUUUGAGUGCUUAAUUAUCGUAAUACUUAUUAUAUAUUCGUAGUAAGACUAAGGUGGCUUGAGCGUGUCAUGAGGAGAUAGGAAUCGGAAGCAGUAUAAGCUGUGGCGUGCGCAGGGGGUAGGAGUUAUUUCCCUCCCAUUGGUUUUAAAUGCAAACAAAUAUGAGUAAUCUAAUGUUGAAAUUAAUGUAUUUCAGCCGAGUUACGAGGAAAAACUUGACAUAUUUAUUAGAAAUUGGCCUCUUUUAGGAUCCGGUUUUUGAAAAUGAAAAUAAACGUAAGAGGAAAGAGAUGAUGAAGAAGACCUAAAAAGAGGCGCUUGGAUGCGAUUGAGAAUGAUAUAAGGACGACGUCUGCAGGAAGUCUUCCUCUUUCCAAAAAAAAUAAUAAUCAUUGAAAUUAAACCACUCUACGAGGCAUGAAAGUUAUUCCAAUAAAAUAUGUUUUUAAGCAAAAAAGUGAUAGCCAGUGAUGUAGUCGUAAAUUUUUUAGUGGUGUAUGCUGAAAUUUGCUUGAUAGGUGAACCUCCCUCACCCCCCUAUAAACACCGUUAAUAUUAUUUUCAUAUUUAUAAUUAGUAGUUGCAUACACUAUAUUACUACACUAUCCUGCCUCAAUCAAACCCCAUACACAAUCAUACUCGCAGAAAUAAAUAAUCAUAUAAAUAUAUGACACUAUUUGGAUAAAUAAUAAGUAAUAAUCAUUGAGUAAUACAUAAUACUUUUAAUUUUAAUCAAAUAAUCAAAUAGAUUUUUAAAUCUUAAUAACAUAAAUUAAUACAAAUAAGAAAAAAUUAUAAAAUAUUAAAAUAUAAAAUAAAUAUCUCAUUUUCUUUGAGAUUAUACUGUUAAAUUUGGUAUUUAUUUAUCUAAUAUAAGUAUUGAAUUUAUAAAAUAAUGUAUAUACAAACACGAAAUAAUUAACAAAACAUGAACAAAUUAAUAAACUAUAACAUUUUCCAUAAAUUAUCUUUUUCUUUAUUUAACUUUUCCUGUGCAACUUUUCGAGAUCUAUUAUCAUUUGUAGAUCUAUGUUUGAGCAGCCAACUUCUUACAUAAUUUGUUGGAUUCCAUACUGCAACUGGUCCAUUAAAUUGAUAAACAUUAAAUUAGAAAUGUUACUAAGAGAUCUGAACUUAUCAAAUUCAUUUGGUCAUUUCCUCUUUCACAUUCCGCUGUGGAAACCGGCAAUGUUUUUACUAAAAUGUUCAAUUCCUUUAAUUCCUCUUUAACAAUUGUAUUGUCUAUAUAUUUUUGAAAGCCCUGAAUUAUCUGUAUUUAACUGAAAUUUAUUUGUUAAUCUUUUUAUUUUAUCUUCGCCAAAUCGUAUAUUAUUUUCAUCUGCAAACGGCCAUGUACAUUUAUUUAAAAUUUACAUAUCGUUUAAAAUAUUAGAUUCUUCCUCGUUUAUUUCUAGUAAUCGUGAUCUAAGGUUAUUAUAAAGACUAAAAAUGAUUAAGCAACAUACCUCAACACGGAGAUACAUAGUUGCACACUUGCACUGGUCACUGCCCUCUGGUAGUGGUGCUCUGUAGCGUCUUAUUAGUUACAUGUAAUUAGUUUUCCGACAAUCUUUAUAAAUAACUCUAUUAUUAAUAUGUAUUUUCAUUGAUUUCGGUUAUGGAAACUGAUAACUGAUAAGGUUUGUUCAACAUUUGUAUUUAUUAACUAAAUAUUAUAUAUCAAAUUGGUAGAUUUAUGUAAGAAAUACAUCCGUAUACUCGCGUAUCAAAUCUCGUUCUUUAAAUAUACGCACCAAGAAAAAAACAUAGAAGUGGGUAUACGUUCAACUACACCACUGGCGAUAGCACUAAGUCUCUUAAACCGUUUGGAUUUUGAACUAUCGAUAUUUUGACCAGGACCUAACUAAACUAUUUGGGAAGAUUCGAAAACAUAAUUUAUAACGUUUAAAUAAAAUCGCCAUCGUUAUAUUAUAUAUUAUAGGUAGUUAGUAUACUUGAUAUAGGCUUACCUAUAAAUUAUAAUAGGGAGUGGUCAUAGGUAUACUAAAAAACAUACAUUUAGCUGUAACGCUUAUCCAAAUGUAUUAUCGAUCACGUCCUUCUUUUAUAAAUAAACUAAUCGAAUUUGCCAGUCACUCGAGUUAAUCUAUCGUAAAUUCGAUUAAUUUUUUUCUUAUGUUAAGUAUUGUAAUAUAUAAUAUAUAUAAAUGUAUACAGUAGGUUGAUGUAUUCAUUUUUUGUAUGUUACCUAUAUAUUAAAAAAAAUAAUAACAAAUGAGCGCACACGCGAACGACGCACGUCGUCGUGUCAAUAUUUGUUCGAAAAAAAAAAGGUUUUUUUUCUCUAGUAGUCUCGUUAUUAUAUAUAUUAUCUACGACCCGUAUAGAACACAUCAUCUGCAUAUCCGUUAUGUAAUUUAAAGAGACACCGAGUGCCCUGGAUAUACAGAAAUAAUACCUAUAUACUAGGUAGAAUAGGUACACUUACAACGGACGAACAUAAAUGCUAUCUCCAAUUUGUCACGGUACAUCAACCGUGCGCAUAUAUUCAAGUAUAUAAUAUAUUGUAUGGAUACUUCAUCCUGCAAAUAAUAAUAAUAAUACGUAUAUAAUAUAAUAAAAACAUUGCCUGAACACCCAUACAGAUAUUGCGUAUCAACACUAGAAAAAAUACAACCAAACCAUAAAAAAUAUCUAAAAGUAUGGGUAUUAUAGUACUGCUUCCAUAUACCUGUAGAAGUUUACCUAUACAUAUGUGAAAAAAAAAUGUAUACCUAUAUUUCAUUUUAUAUAAACGCGAACGCGCAAAUAUUAUAUAAAUGGGAACGCGCGUAACUGCAUCAUGUCCGUAUACAUACCUAUAAUAAAAUAUGUAUAGAAAAAAUGUUCAUGUAACAGAUCGCGUUUCGCUUGUAGAAAUCCGUUAAAUAUAUAAGAAGCAUUGUUUAUUAAUUAUAGAACGAGGGGGAAAAAAUUGUUCUAGUUCAUAAUAAUCUGAUGUAUUCGUUCCAGAUGGAAUAUUCCUGUAUGUACCUUCAACAGGAAAUGCGAUAUUACCAUUAUGAUAGUCAAGUUACGAUGAGUUUGAAUGAUAAUAAGGCACGUAGACGUAGGUUUCCUGGAUAAUAAAAAUACAGAAUUCUACACACGGAACACAAUUACGGGCAUUACGGUGUGGACAUUUUGAUUUUAAAACUGGCCCAGACAGACAUCUAAUAUAAUAUUAAAAAGGAUAGUUUCAGGACUGGGAUAGUGGACUAGUGAUAUAGGCUAUUUUUCAUCGGUGAUCCAUGAAAAUAUCUCUGACAAAAUAAAUUAAUAUUUCAAUAGUAGGUACUUAUUUAUGAAUAUUUGAUUCAUAAUAUUUAUUUAAUUUAUAUUACGAUUAUAAUUACUUAUUUUAGUGACACAUUUUAUUAAUUGUAUGAAAAGUAUUAAAACAAAAUUGUAAAUUUAAAAUUUAAUUUGUGCUAGUCCUUUCAAAAACCGAAGAACUAGCGUUUCGCUGAUUUCUCUCCGAUUUUUAACAUUUUUUUUAUCGUGAUCCUUGUAUUUUAAAUUCUGAGUGGAGCAAUAAAUGUAUUGGUUUUACAAUAAUGUUUAUUUUUUUUUCUGUGGACAACUUUUCUACUAGCAAUUUUACUCCGAUAUACAAUGAUAGCACUUUUUCUAAAAGGAAAUAUGAUUGGGGAGGUACUUUAGGGAGGUCUUUUUUUGAUUUUCUCAAAAGUUUUCUAAAUAAAUUGGAAAACGGGAAAAUAGGUCCCUACAAUAUUAUAAAAAUAUUGUUAAAGAAAAUAUUUAAUGCAUGUAAAGAGUGAUUCAUUUAAAUGUACUUUUUUCAAGAAUUAAAAAAACAAUAAAAUUAUUCAAUUUUAUUGGGUAAACUUUAUUAUUAUAAAAAAAACUUUUAUUUACAUUUAUUUUUUAAAUAUUAUAUCUUUUAAAUGUUGGCCGUAACUGCGCCUAACAUGAUCUAUUCGAAAGUUCCAAUUUUCAAUGACCCAUCUAAGCAUUUCGACUGGUAUUUGGCCAAUGACAUGUUUGAUAUUGACUUUCAAUUUAUCUAUCGUAGUCGACUUGGUUAUGUAGAUUUUAAACUUCACGUAGCCCCAAAGAAAAAAAGUCGAGAGGUGUGAUAUCGCAUGAUCUAACUGGCCAACUAAUCGGUCCGAAUCGUGAANUUGUUCUCGCAAUAAACCAGGGUUUCACGAGCUGUAAGACAUGUAGCACCAUCUUGUUGAAACCAAAUGUCAUCGAGAUCACGGGCUUCAAUUUCAGGCAACAAAUAGUCUGUUAUCAUGUCGCGAUAGCGAGCGCCAUUUACAGUUACGUUCUGCUCGGCCUCAUUUUUAAAGAAAUAUGGACCGAUGAUUCCACCAGCCCAUAAACCACAUCAAACGGUUGUUUUGUUUGGAUGUAAUGGCAGCUCUUGAACCUCUUCGGGCUGCUCUUCAGCCCAAAUACGGUAAUUUUGCUUAUUGACAUAACCAUUAAGCCAAAAAUGAGUCUCAUCGCUGAAAAAAAUGUUGGUCGAAAACAGUGGAUUUUCUUCAAUCUUUUCAAGAACCCAUUCACUAAAACGGUGACGAUUCGGAAGGUCGGCCGACUUUAAUUCUCGAACGAGUUGAAUUUUGUAUGCUUUUAAACCAAGGUCCUUACGUAAAAUACGCUAAGUUGUUGCAUACGACAAGUCAAGCUGUUAAGAACGGCGCCGAAUCGAUUCAUCACGGUCAUCGUGUACACUUCCAGCUACCGCCGCUAAAUUUUCUUCACUACGUGUUGGAUGCGGCCUAUUUGGUUAUGUGUUAUCUAAUAAUGAAAAUUGAGUUUCAAAUUUUACAAUUGUAUAGCGAAUUGUAUGUUCGGUAGACCAAUCAUGCGGAUCAUAAGUUUCUCUAAGCUUGCGAAAAACAAUUCUUGUAGAAUGCUGAUUUUCGUAAUAAAGUUGAAUUUGUAGACGCUGUGCCGGGCUAAGUCUUUCCAUGAUAAAAUGUCAAACAACACUAAACAAAAAUAACACGACAGUUUGAUACGACUCAUUCGUUAUCUGUCAUAAAAUUCCAUUUAAAAAAAGUACCUCUUAAUGAAUCGCCCAUAAUAAUUAUUUUACCAUAAUGUAUGACAUAUAUAUUGUUGUCAAAGCAACACUAUCAACCAAACUCCGCUUAGAAUCGUAUUUUCGUUAGCAAUGGUUAAUCGUUACUUACUACAGAUAUAUAUUAAAGUACCCAUAACAGUGGCUGCACCCGUCCCCAUUAUCCUAGGACAGUUUUUUUAAAUUUGGAGCUUUGUGAGGGAUAUUUAUUAAUUUUUUUAUAAACUUGCUCUAAUCAUUAACUUUAGCGGUGGUUUUUAGUAGCAAACUUUGUCUAAAACCCAGUAUAAGUAUAGAGGCGGUUCGAUAAUUUAUUUUCCUUGAUAAUUUUCUUAAUAAUUAAAAAAAUAACUAUCAGAAAACCGAAACAAUUUUCACAAUAACGGUGAUUUCUAUUUUUUUUUUUUUUUUUUCUAUUGUUAUUCAGAAAAGAAUAAUUAUAGAGAGACCAAAUAUUUUAAAUACAUUUUCAAAACGUUCUUACGGCUAUUUUUAGCCAUUUUAAAGGUUGUUUGAAAAGUACAAUUAACCUAAUCACGCUUAAUCCGGGCUAGCCUUUAAGUCAGUGCGAAAUAUGUCGACUUUUUUUUUAAUUUCAGUAUUUGGUCUUUGGUAGAAAAUUUUGUUGGGCCAUAUAAUGUGGGGGUUUUUAAAUUCGAAGUGCAAUGAAGAAUAAGCUUUUCGUUAUACUGAAAUUCAACUCUUUAAGAAGGCGAUGACUCACGCUGCAGAGCUUUUGGUAUUUUUGGAACGAAAAUGUAAUUUCUUUUGAUUUUUUUAUGACACGGAUGAAGAAAAAAAUUAUUAUUAGUUAAUUUGGUUGUCACAAAUGCACAAAUAUAUACCUAUAUAAUAUAUUGAAAGGUAUAUUAUUUCUUUCUCAACUACCUACGACAGAUAUAUCUUAGAUGGCUAGAUAUAUUCUUUAAAAUCAAUUAUUAGGUUUUAAACAAUUCAUUUACCUGCCUAUGCAUUUACCGUAUAUUUCAAAGAUGUAGAUAUUUUAUGAAAUUAAAAUAAAAUAUUUAAUUCUAUAUAGAUACUCCUAUUCUUCCAAUCGAUUAUUAUUAUGUAUUUGUGUGUAAAUCUAAAGAUACAUAUGAUACUUAGUGUAGGUGCAAUGCAUGUACCUGUGUAUAUUAUUUACGGUGACCGGUCAAAAUAUCUGUACAAAAUAUUAUAUCCAAUGGAAAUAUUUCUUAGUCAAAAUCUCUACUGUAGAAAUAUUAUGUCAUAUAGUAUUUAAAUAUUGUAUUAAAUAAUAUUAAUAUUGAUAUUUGUAUAAUGUAUAAAUAAUGUUUGUUCAUAUAUUCAAUUUUAGGUUAGAAUUUUAUUAAAUUGUUUUAUUAUUUUAUACAAAUUAUUUAGAGAAAUUUUUUACAUGUAAAAUUUUGUCUUAGAAAAUAUAUCCACUGCUGAUAUUUUGACCAUAUUUACACAAUCUUCUUCCUCUUCGUCUAUAUUCCAUGCAAAUGGGACCACCAACUCUUAUUUUUAAACUUUGCUUGUCACAUCUUAUAACCAUAUCUUAUAGUCAUAGCCAGGUUAAGUGUUUUGCGGAUCAUAAACGAAUAACUCAGAUGAGCCUAAUAAUUUAAAUAUAUAGGUAAACAUAAUAUUAAACUAAUUACAUUUUAUUCAAGAAGUGUAUCACCUUAGGAGAAAAGGCUCUUCUUGUACGAUCUGUAUACAAAUUAAAAAAUAUCACGAAUCAUAAAUUUUACUAAAUAUAAUAAUUAUAUCAUUAAUAAUGUGAGAUUGAAAUAAUUUUAUAAAAAAUAGAAAUAAACCAUCUUUAUAGAUUGUACGUAACUUUUAUAUGAACGGACGAUAAGUCCAUAAGUAAUCAAUGACCUGCGGUAAUUGUAGUAUACAAUUAUUGUAAAUAUAAUGUAUUAUAUCAUAUUAUAUAUUUAUUUAUUUAAAACAUUACAGGCAACAUUAAUAAAUAUAUUUUUUUUAUACAUAAAUAUCAUUUCUCAGCCGUUUUCGGGAGAAAUUUCUUUUUAGGAACGUAGCAAAAAUUAUUUUGCUUGUAGGUAAAUUCGGUCCUGUCUAUAACUGCUAUUUUUUUGGCUUAUCUGUUUCUUGAUUUCUAUCUAAGCAUAACUCAUCAACCAGUAGCAUACGCAAUUUUUUUUCAGGAGGGAUUUUGUUUAUUAUUAUUUCCUAGCACAUGUAAGUAGAAUACUAUCAUUAUUAUUACUGACUAAAUGAUUUUUGAUGAAAUUAAAUUUUAUUUUAUUCUGUGGUAUAAGAUAUUAUGUUGUUGAUUGUAAAACAUUGUUCUAUAAAAUGUAGUCAAGGAAAACAUUUUGGGGGGAGGUUUGACCCCCUCCCCCUCCCCCUCCCUUCUGUGUGCGCUACUGUCACCAACUUUAUAUCAUAUCUACGUCAUCGUUUUUCAUUCUCAAACACAUUUAACAUUGUCAUCUCAUGUCAAUCUAUACUAUUACUUCUUACUUAUUUUUUAUUAUUCAUUUCUAACCCUAUCUAACCCGGUUACAGAACACAUCCACCUUAACAAUCGUAUUUCUGCUCAAUCAUAACUUGUAUGAUUACAUGUUAUAUUUUUCCUUGCAGAGUUGCAGAUAAUGCCAAAGACUUGGGAUGGUGGAUCUGAACCCGGUUAAGGAACCGAUGCUAGAAGAUGGCCGAACUGCCCUGCAUUAUGCCGCGUCGACAGGUGAUUGCGGCUCCGUUGCCGAAUUGCUGGCUGCCAAAUCUAUAGACGCCAACGCGCAAGAUGCAGUCGGUUAUUCAGCCUUACAAAUCGCUGCGGCUGAAGGCCAUCUGGAUGUACUACGACUGUUGUUACAGCAAAACGCUAAUGUCAACCUACACGACAACUUAGUUAGUUAAAUUCUGUACCACGCAAAUGUCCCCUUCAAACUGUACUAAAGCAACCAAUAGAGAUAGAAAAUAUUAUAUCAUAAUCUCUGAAUAAUUUUUAUCUGAUAUCUAGGCAACUAGAAAACAAACUGUAUCGAUAUACCGUUAGAGGUUUAUUAUUAUAUUUAUAAUAUUAUAUAAGAACUGUUCUAAUUUAGCUCUUAAGCGAUUUUAGAUUUUGAACGGAGCAAGGAAUGUAUUGGUUUUACAACGAUGUUUAUAUUUAAAUCAUUUUUUUUCUGUGAACAACUUUUCUACCAGCAAUUUGCUCUGAUUUUCAAGUAUAGUACUUUUUCUGAAAGAAUAUCUAACUUAGUUGGUACUUUAAGGAGGUCAUUUUUUGAUUUUCCAGGAGGUUUCCCAACAAAUUGUAAAGUCCGGAAAAACGGGAAAAUGUACGAAAUGUAUUAUGUCUUAAUUUUUUUUUUUUUCGAUUCAGUUAAAAAUAUUUGUAGAGAUUUGAGGUUUGAACAAAAAACUUUUAUUUGCCUUUUCUAGGUGUGAUAAAAUUUUCAAAACAUUGUAGCCAUUUUUGAGCUAUUUAUAUUUAUUUAUUUUAUUUAUUUAUAGACAUUUUAAUUUACGGGUGUUUUUUACGUAAUUUUACUUUAUUAAUCGAACUCCUCUGAGGAUUGUUUUUCGUUAGGUUGAAUGGUUAAAUGUUACGUACAAAUAUAUGCAUUAAAUUUCUCCUUACCAACUUCUCACCUACUACAGUGACCCACCCAGGUGCGAAGUAUGUCCGCCUUUUUUCACAUUCUUAUUGUACCUAUACCUACUUGAAUAUACAUUUUGAAAAAAAAAAAUUUGUUCGAGAUCUAAACUAGAAUUAUAUAACCCAUAACUAGUUAUUUAAUAUUUUAUUUAUCAAUAGUACUGGACAAGCCUAAAAAUACAAAUUAGACAAUAGCAAUUCAAGAAAACAAGUAAAACGUUAGAGGUUAAAUGAAGGAUCCUAGUUGACAGCAUGCAUAAAGCGAGGGAGAGGAGAGUUGAGAGAGUAACUAGAAGACCAUGGAAUUAGUAUUUUAGAAAUGGCGGAAAGGAACGUAUAAGAUGAAGUAUUUUAUAAGAGAGUUGAUGAAAUAAUAGAGAAGGAGAAUCUAUUUUGCCGGAAAUGAUAUUAGAGAGAGAUAAUAUUAAAAAGUGUUUGUGAUAAGCUAGGCUAGAUAGCCUUAAAUCAAUUGAGAAUGGAGUAGUAAUAAGGUGGGUGGGAGAUAUUAAAUUGAAGGCGAUUAAAUAGAAAAAUGUACGUUGAACACGCUUAAUAGCGGCCUUUCCAUAAGACGUAGAAGGGUCCCAGAGGACAGAACCGUAUUUUAAGAUAGGGCGAAAAAGAAAACAGAAAAAAAAUUUAAAUGAAGAAAAAAGAUGGAACUGCUGAGAGGUUCGGCUUAUGAAUCCCAAGAGUUUAAAGGCUUUGCAUUUAUAAAAUAGUAAUAAUAAUAAUAAUAAUAAUAAUAAUAAUAAUUUAAUAUUUAUAGCACGGCAAUACGGCUUUACACGAAGCAAGCUGGAAAGGCUAUAGCAAAACGGUAGCGUUGCUCGCAUCUUCUGGCAGUGAUUUAGAUCGUAAGAAUUAUGGGGGUUCAUCUGCGUUGCAUUUAUGUUGCCAGAAUGGCCAUAAUCAAAGCUGCCGAGAACUCCUACUCGCCGGAUGUGACCCAGAUGUCCAAAAUAAUGUAAGCUAAGUAGAUAAUUUUUUACUAAAGUAUUACCAGAAAAAAGUAUUAGGUAUAAAAUUAUUGUGGGAUGGUAGCUAAUAAUUACCUAUAUAUAUGAUUGACUUCCACAAUCGUGAUAUUAAACUACACUUAUAAUUAUUUCCAUUUUUAAUUUUUAUUAUAAUUUUUAAAUAAUAGAUGUAGGUUUUAGUUUUAGAAUUUAUUAAUUUUUUUGAGUUUCAAUAGGUGCUAGUGUUUUCAUGGAUGACUUAAUCGUGAAGAUUUAAUAACAAUAAUGCAUUUUUAGAUUCUUAUCAGAGCAAGGAAUGUAUUGAUUUUACAAUGGUGUUGAUUUUUUUUUUCUGUCGACAAUUUUUCUAUCAGCAAUUUUUUGCUCCGAUUUACAAUGAUAACACUGUUUCUCAAAGAAAUCUGACUGAGGAGGUUAAGUUAUUUAUUUUCAAUUGUACUCGGGAAUUUACUAAUUUCAUUUAAUCCUGAAAUUAAAACUUAUAUUCAAUUAAUGUACAUAUAAUUAAAACUAAUAACAUAAUAAUGUAUGUAUGUUUUAUCUGUAACUUUUGGAACAUACAAUAAAAAAAAUACAAUAUAAAUACAUGUAACUAUAAUAAAAACAUACAAUACUAUAAAAAAAAUAAAAUAAUUCCAAUAAACAGUUGAUUCUUUAAACCAGUGAUCACAUUAAGCAGAAUUCACUGUAUUUGACUUUUAUAUACGUGGUUAAAUUUUAAAAACACUGUUGCCAUUUUUAAACUAUUACAGAAAUUUUUGUUUGAUAGGUACUCUGUGGAUACAAUUUUUAGACCAAACAGAAAUACUAGAAAAAUUAGUAAAGGGUUCAUUUUAAGUGUCACUUUGUGGUAAAAAAAAAAAUAUAGAGUAUAAUGUAGUAUUUUGUUUAUUAUAAGAAUUUUCAUAUGACAUUUUGGCGAAAUUCAUAAAUAUUACAAAACAAUACUAUUGAACUGUGUUGAGAAUCGUUUUUUGUUAAUAACGGUUAAUUUUUGGCAAGAUAUACAUUAAAUUUUCUUUUUCCUUCCCAACUUCUCAUCUACAACCUAUAGCGACUAUGGGUGGGACAAACAUAAGCCCACCUAUCAUGUGAAGUAUUUUUUUUUUUAUCUAAAAUGUAUGUUUUGUAUAUUAAGAUAUAUGUAAUAAUUGUGUAUGUAGUGGAACUCAUGUAGUUAUAGUACCAUAUAAUUAUCAAUUUUUGAGAUGGUGUUAUUUUAGAAAUAUUUUUAUUUUUUUAUUAUUUUGAUAUUUCUGAAUGUUUUUAUAGUAUGGUGAUACACCACUUCAUACAAGCGCAAGAUAUGGACAUGCCGGAGUACUAAGGAUAUUAAUUAGUGCACAGUGUAAAGUUUCAGAACAAAAUAAAGUUAGUUUUAAAAAUAAUUAUAUUUAAACAAAUAUAUAUUUUUUAAAUUUGGCGUGUGAAGUAAUGGAAGUAAAUUAAUAUUUAUAUAUUUUUUUUUAAAUAUGAGCAGAAUGGUGAUACAGUUCUUCAUAUUGCUGCUGCUAUGGCCAGGAAAAAAUUAACAAAAAUUAUUUUGCAAGCAAAAUGUAAUACUACAUUAAAAAAUAAGGUAUUUUUAUACUUUACUAAAUAGUAUUAAUUUUGUAUAACAUGUAGAUAAUGUAUUAUGUAAGUAGGUACUAUAUUUAAGUAUUUAUGUAAAAUAUAAUAUAUAAUAUAUAAAUAGUUAUAUCUGAUUCAAUUUGUAUAAAAUUACAAAGGUUAGUGAAAAUUAUUAUUAUUAAAUAGCACUAAAAGAGUUCAAAUCUAAAAUCCAUAAAAAACACAAUUGAGGUUUUUUUAAAUAUGUUAUCAAAUCAAUGUUUACUUUAUUAUUUUACAAUAUUUAUUUCAGCAAAAUGAAACAGCUAGAGACAUAGCAGAACGUAAAAAUUUGACUGAUAUUUUAGACAUUUUAAAUGAUCCCACAAACAAAAAGAAGAAUAGCAGUUCUAAAACUAAAAAAAAUUCGAAGGAUGUAUGUGUAUAUUUUAUUUAGAUAAUAAUAAUGAUUAAAAUAAUUUAAUUAAUUUAAUAAAAUCGGUGUUAGAGUAAAAAACGUACUGACACAAAUAUUAAACAACAAUGGUCUCCUUAUGGAUGCCAUUAUUUCCCGGAUACCAAAGAGUUUCCGAAACCAAAGUUGAACUCUUUACCUGAAGAACCCUUACAUGCUGGUGAACAAUAUUAUUUAGACUUGGCUGGAAAUAUUAGAAAAGGACCAGUUGGAGUUGGAUACACGUGUUAUUGUGCACCAUUUUUCAAAGAAUUAGAAGCUCGGUUGGAUCACAACACAAAAAAAUUAAAACGGCAAAUUUGUCGAACUGAAGAUAAUAUUAAUCGAAGGCUAUGUUCUGUAGAGAAACAGCUGAAACAGUCAAAUGAAAAACUUCAACAGGUAAUCAGCUUUAAUAAUUAAAUAAUAAUAUAUGUAUAAUUAGUAUGUAGGUAUACAAUAUAUAAUAUAUUUAGUUAAUUUACUUUUGAUUAUACCUGUAAAUCAUGUUACAUAUUCACUAUAAGCUAGAUAUUUAUAUACAAAAAAUUAUUUCAUUGUAUAACAUAGGUCAUUUCUAUAAUUUUAAUUUUUCCUAUAAAAUUUAAAGUAGUGUUAUUUUGAACAAAUAAUAUAAUAUAAUACAAAUCAAUUAAUUUUUUUUUUUUAAUUAAUUGAUUAAUCAAAUUUAAUUGGGUAUUCAAAUGUCUCAAUAUUUCACAAUUUUACUUCUUAUUUUUAGAUCUGUACUGUAGUGAGGAACCUAUUAGUUUUACAAUGCUUAUAAUUUUAUUCUUUUUCUUCUUUAUACUCGUGAACAAUUUUUCUACAAGAAACCCCUCUCUGAUUUCCAGGUUAAGUACUUUUUCUGAAAAGAAAUUUUAUAUAGGUUGUUAUUUAGGGGGGUAAGUUUUAGAUUUUCCAAGUGGUUUUCAUAAUAAUUGGAUAAAAAGGUAUGAAAAACGGGAAAAGUACAUGUAUAAAGAAACUUUGGUCCGAAUCAUCAUUCGUUAGCAAUGGUUUAUUAUUGUGUACAGAUAUAAAUUAAAUUCCUCUCUAUAUUCUACCUUCCUGACUUCUUACCUACAACAGUGUACCAAUUGUGAAAAGUAUGUCGAUCUUUUUUAUAUAUUGAUUUCCAAGAUUUACCAAUUUUAGAUAACAAUACAAUGCUGAAUACAGGUUAGUGAACUAAGAAAUUAAAUAAAGAACUUAAUUAUUGGUAUCCUGUUGUGCGUGUUUUAUAGUUUUUAACUAGCAAGUGACUAGUGUAUUUUUAAAUGACAUUAAAAUGUAUGCAAUAAUAAUCAUCCAGACAUUUUAAUAAUAAUUAGUACUAUAAUGAACAAUUGAAUAAUUGAUUAAAAGUAUAUUUUAAUUAUUCAAUUUUUUUUUUUUGAAAUUAUGAAAUCACAAAAAAUAACUAGAAAAUGAAUGAUCAAAAUUGCUGUUUUGAACUUAACUUAUAUUCUUUUUUUAAUAUUUUAUAUAGUAUGUAUCCCAUAUUCUCAUUGUAAUAGUUUAAAUUAUAUUAAAUAAAAAUGUUAUUACAUUUAUAUUACAUUAAUUUAUUAUAUUGUAUUCAUUUUUAUGUUUGAUAAAAUUCAUCUAACUAGAAAGCUCUCUAAAUUGAACAAUAUUUUUUAUUUUAUAAAUAUUUAAUUUAUUAAAUUGUAGACACAUGGGUAACAAAAAAAAAUUUCAAUUUUCACAUGGCAAAUAACUAUUAAUAACUAAUAUUAGACCAAAAACUUUUUUUUACAGGUGACCGAAGAAUUGAGUGGAAAUGACAGUGAACUUGAUAACCGGUUUAGAACUGAAUGUGCUAUUGAUACCACAGUUAUGGAUCCAAACUUGCGAUGGCGAUUAGAUUAUCUGACAGCCCGGCGUCAUGAUGAUAUACCAUGCAACGAUUCUGGUUAUAGUACCAAAAUGUUUAGUAACUCUCAAGGCCCCUCACCUUCAUUGUCCAGUAAGCAUAGUUUGUUCAAAAUUAUUAUUAUUAAUCAUAAAAUAAAGCACCCGGAGUUUACAAAGAUAAAUAAGUUUUUCUCUUAGUAAUAAUCUCUCAAAAAUUCCUAAAUAAUAAAUACAUUAUAAAAUUUAAAUAUAUCUUAUUUUCAAAAUAUUAGAUAGAUCAAUAAUUUAAAAGCUACAGCUACACUUAAUACAUAAAUACCAAAUUAUAGAUAGGUAUAUGAGAGAAAAAAGUCAUAUAUCAUUAAUUCAGAAGUUAAGACGAGUGUAAAAGUAGUUAUAAUGAACUUUAAAUUUUAGAUUCUGAGUGUAGCGAGGAAGCUAUUGGUUUUAUUAAGAUGUUUCCUUUUUUUUCUUUGUUCUAGCCUGUGGACACGUUUUUUCUUAAUAAACUUGUUCUGAGUUUUACGUGUAGCACCUUUUCUGAAAGCUCAAAUUGUCUGAGAUAAUACUUUAAAGAGGUCAUUUUUUGAUUUUUAAUACCAUUUUUUAAAUAAAAUCACGGACGUUUUCCACCAAAAAAAAAAAAAAUGAUGUAAUUGAAAAAUCACUAGACAUCUUUUUUGAUUUAUGUUCUUAGGGUUUCAUCCCCAAAACUUUUAAGAUUUAAAGGAAUUAUUAAUUUUUGGAAGUUUUUUUAUGUAAUUUGAUUAUAAAUACAUGUAGAGAUUUAAAACUUGGUAAUAAUACUUAUAUUAGACUUGAUUAGACGUGGAAAAAUUUUCUUUCAUCUUUUUAAUUUGUUACUAUGGUACUUUUUUUUAUAUAUAUACUGUAGACCACUUUUAUCUUAAAAAACUUGCUCCAAUAUAAGUAUAGCACCAUUUCUGAAAUUUUAUCUACUUAGUAGAUAAACAGUAGUAAAUACAUAGACCAUUUUAUGAUUUUCAAAAUGGUGUUUAAAAUAAUAUGAAUUAACCGGCAAAAAAAUACUAUUUUUUCACAAUUUCGUUAUUUUAAAUAAGUGCCUACCCACGUUUUCUAGUACAAAUAUGGCUCCAACUGAAAAACGACAAGAGAUCUUUUUUGUUGAAUUAUUAAUCUUGUUAUAAAUGAUGCAGUUUUUUUUUUUUGAUUUUCGAAUUAGUAUCAAUAAUCAGAAAAAAAGUUGAAAGGUUAGGGGUAAAAAAAAUUACGGCACUUCAAAUUAUGUUUUACCGAACUGCGCUCAAAUUUGUCUUUCGUAGCAAUGGUUUAUUGUUGCUUACAGAUAUAAAUGAAAUAACCUUAUGUAUCCCACUUUCCCCACUACCCACUUACAAUAGUGGUAGCUCUCAUCCUCAGUAUCAGCUCUGUUUUUAAUAUGUCUGUAUGUGUUACGUUCAAAGUAUAACAUGUAAAACAUGUGCCUAUUUUAGUUUUUAAUUGAUAACCUAUAUUACAUUUUCCAUAAAUAGAUUGAAUAUUAGUUUAAAUAAAUUUUUAUGUUGAAAUUAUUGCUUUACUUUUACCUAUUAACAAGAUAUUCCACUUUUAAUAGAAGAGUAGUAGAGUAUAAUUUUUAGGGCAUUUGAAUAGUGCUAGAUUUCUCUCAUCUUACCCAAGAUUAAAAGUUAAAUAUUUCUUCAAUGACAAUAUUAUUUUAGUACAGAUUAACACAUAAUACUAAUAUAAAAUGAAUUAAUACGGAAAGUGCUUUUUAUCAAAAUAAAAUGGAAUGACUAGACCACUUCAUUAAAAUUUCUAUAAUUAGUAUAAACAGGAAAAAGUACAAUAAAUUUAAUUUUUAUAUUUAACUGUUUAUUAAUGUUUUCUUUACAAAAACUGUGAAAAAAAUAAUUUUGCAUAAAAAUGGACAUGCACGGUGAUUCCACCGAUUUCUUAAAUUGCAUUUAUCUUAGAGUAUUUCUGUUUGAAUUUACACUUAACAUAUUUAGUAUAUUAUUCCUACUCUCCUUGGACAGGAUACUGAUCAUGGAUAGGCCACUGUUGUAGCUUAGUAGUUGGGAAUGUAGGAUAUAAGUAAUUAAAUUUAUGUCUGUACACAACAAUCAAUCAUUGCUAAUGCAAAACUAUUCUGACAAAUUUACUUGUAAAUAUAAUACUCUUUAUUUAUUUAUGUGCACCUAUAAUAUACUUUUUUUUUUUAACUAACAGUAGUGGAGGAUCUGUACUAACAAUACUACCUACUUAUAAUAUCUUCUACUUCUCCUUCACCUGUAUCCUCGCAACUAUUUGGGGUUGGCUACCCUCGUCCUAAACUUCCAUUUGACCCAAUCCUACUCGCACACACUUGCCAUCCUUUUAUCAUUCUCAAUUGCAUUCAACCACCUCUUUUUUAGUCUUCCUCUUCUCUCCUAUAUUUAUUUUUAUUACAACUCUCACUGCUUCAGAUUCAUCUUUUCUCAUUACAUGACCCAAACCUUCUCAGUCUAUUUGCUCUCAUUUUGUUUACUAUCGAAGCCACAACUAAGCUACCUCUUAUGUAUUCAUUCCUUAUCCUAUCUUCUCUCAUCACUCCAAUUAUCCAUCUAAGCAUUUUCAUAUCUACCACACACUUUCUAUUUUUCUGUCUACCACCCAACACUGACCCAUACAAUGUAGCAAGUCUCACCACCUUUUCUAGAAUUUACCUUUAAGGCCCCCGGUACCAAUAUCAUUUUGCCCACAAAAAUACACGUUUUGGAAAUAGUAAUACUGUUUAAUAGAAUCAAAUAAAUUUAAUUUUUUUGUUUUUUAAUUAAUACAAAGUGAUCCAAAGUAGGUUCACUUAUUAUCUCGGAAAGUAUUAAUUUUUUUUCAAAAUUUGUUUUAUAGAACAUUUCAGAAACAAGCAGCUCUAAAAUUUUAAUUUAUUUUAUUUUUUGCCAUUCUUUUAUUUAAGGGUAAAACCACUAAAUACUUUUGAUUUUCAAAUGGUAACCUAUAUUAAAAAUUCCAUAAAUAGAUGCAGUAAUCGUUAUAAUAGAUUGUAAUGCUGAUUUCCGCCAAUCCAUUGACGAGAUAAUCUACUUUUAAGUUUGGAUAAAAGAAGUGGUGCAUUAUUAACACGCUGCGUUCCAUGCCGCCACACAAAUGUUGUUCCACUACUCUUCCUUGACCAAAAAUUAAAAGUGAAAUAUCUCUUCAACGGAUUUACAGAAAUCAAAAAUUGCAACACCAAAAUGUAUUUUAAGUAAUACGUCUUCUAUUUAUGGAAUUUUUAAUAUAGGUUAUCAUUUGAAAAUCAAAAGUGGGUAAUAAGAGCUGCUAGUUUACUAAAUUUUCUAUAAAACAUAAUCCAAAAAAAAAUUACUUUCAAUAUUUUAUUCUCAAAAUUUAUAAUGUCUUUAAAAAAUUUUAAAUUUUUUCUCCAUUAUUUUAAAUCUGAGUUCAUUGUGGACUGUAGAAUUUUGUUGAUCAAAAACAAAUUUUUUAUGUAAAUAUUAAAUUCACAAUUAUUUGCAUGAAGUCAAUUUUGUCAGUAAAAACGGCCAAAUAGAUGGGUAUCAGGUAGAAGAUCAAUUGGAAAAUCCUAUCUUUAAGGUGGUAAAUGAAAUGUUUAAAAUAAUUUUUAAAUUUUUAAAAAUUAAAGAAAAUUUGUAAAACUAUAACAUAAAACACAUGAUGCUUCCCUGAAUUUAAUCAUAUAUAAUUUUUUUUUAUAUUUAUAGAUCUGAUGGAAAAUGGCACAGUACCAGUUAUAGAUAGCAAUAAAAUCCCAAAAUCAUUAAGUGUAUUACCUGACAAUAAUAACAUGGAAAGUAUUGUUUGAUCAAAAUGUGCCAAAGUAAACUAUUAACUCAUAUCAUAAAAUAUUUAAUUACAAUAUGUAUGUACUAUAAUUUAAGAAUUGUUGUACCUUAUUUAUUUAUACAGUGCAAUAUAAAUGUUAUU